GCAGCGCACCAAAAUAAAGCUAUGGCAAGCGAGAAUCUGGCCUUGCAUAUUUCCCUUGCCCUAUUCAUGCUACAACAUUGCUCACUCACUGUUGCUUUUGACUCUACUGAAGAAGCAAAUGCUCUUCUCAAAUGGGCAGCCACCCUUCACAACCCAAAAGAUUCUAACAUAUCUUCUUGGCCUCUCCUUCCUCAAAAUGCCACCAAUUCCAUUCCAAGAACAAGCCCUUGCAACUGGGUUGGACUUUCUUGCAACAUUAAUGGAAGGGUUGAGAGACUUAACCUCACUAAUGCAGGCUUAAAUGGUACGCUCCAUGAGUUGUACUUCUCUGCUUUUUCUGAUCUUGCAUAUAUUGAUCUUAGUGUGAAUAUGCUUUCUGGAAACAUUCCACUUGGAAUCACUAAACUUUCCAAACUCAUUUAUCUUGAUUUGGCAUAUAAUCUCUUGUCUGGAACCAUUCCUCCAGAGAUUGGCCUCCUAACAAAUCUUGAUACCCUGCACCUUUCUGCAAAUCAAUUAAGUGGCCCAAUUCCUUCAACAAUAGGCCAGUUAAGUUCCCUUACUGAGCUUGCCUUGUAUACCAACUAUCUAGAUGGUCCUAUUCCUCCUUCUAUAGGUAAUUUGACCAAGAUGGCUCGGUUGCUUCUUUAUGAGAAUCAGAUUUCUGAUUUGAUUCCACCAGAAAUGGGAAACCUUACCAGUUUGGUUGAACUUUACAUGGAUACCAAUAAUCUAUCAGGUCCAAUCCCUUCCACCUUUGGGAAGUUGAAAAACCUAACAGUGUUGCAUAUGUUCCGCAAUCAACUUUCUGGUUCAAUUCCCCUGGAAAUUGGAAACAUGAAGUCCCUCACCAAGCUAAGCCUUUUUGAAAACAAUCUUUCUGGCCAAGUUCCUGCAACACUAGGUGGUCUAACAAAUCUGGAACUUCUUCAUCUCUAUAAAAAUAAGCUCUCAGGCCCCAUUCCUGAUGAGCUGGGAAACUUGACGUCCAUGUUUGAUCUAGAGUUGAGUGAAAAUCAACUUAACGGUUCUAUCCCUUCUUCCUUGAGUAAUCUGAAAAUGUUAGAACAGUUGUACCUUCGUGAUAACCAACUCUCAGGGACAAUUCCUGAACAGAUAGCUAGUCUCCCUAACCUAUCUGUGCUUCAACUAGACAACAACCAGUUGAUUGGCCAAUUGCCCCAAACCAUUUGCCAAAAUGAAAAGCUUCAGAACUUCACCGUCUUCAACAACCGUCUUGAUGGCCCAAUACCCAAAAGCUUUAAAGAUUGCAAAAGCUUUGUCCGAGUUCGUCUGGAGGGAAACCAAUUCACUGGAAAUGUAUCUGAAGAUUUUGGAGUCUAUCCACAACUCCAAUAUAUAGAUCUAAGCUCCAAUAACUUCUACGGGGAAAUAUCAUCCAACUGGGGAGAGUGUCCAAAUUUAACAACUCUCGCGAUGGCAGGCAACAACAUUAGUGGUACAAUUCCACCAGAAAUUGGAAAUGCAACUCAGCUAAAAGCACUUAAUCUUUCCUCUAAUAAAUUAUCUGGAAGGAUUCCCAUGGAGUUUGGAAAGUUGGAUUUGCUGAAGGUUAUUUUAAACGACAAUCAGCUAUCCGGUGGUAUACCUUCAGAAUUUGGAUUGUUAGCUGAUCUCGAGUAUCUGGACCUUUCAGCAAACAAGUUGAACCAAUCAAUUCCUGAAAACAUCGGGAACUUGCCUAAACUCAUCUACUUGAAUUUGAGCCGCAACGAGUUCAGCCAAAAAAUUCCAAUUCGGUUGGGGAAGUUGACUCACUUGUCGAAGUUGGAUUUAAGCAGGAACUUGCUCAAAGGUGAGAUACCAUCAGCACUGAGCAGUCUAGAAAGCUUGGAGGUGCUAAAUCUCUCCCAUAAUAAUCUGUCUGGUUCUAUUCCAGAUAGUUUUGGAGGGAUGAAUGGUUUAUUGACCAUCGACGUAUCCUACAACGAAUUGGAAGGUCCAAUUCCUUCCAACAAAGCAUUUCAAAAUGCUUCCAUAGAAGCAUUUCAGGGGAACAAAGGCUUGUGCGGGGAUGUUCCGGUACUGAAACCAUGCAAAAUUUUGACCAACAAAAGUACUUCCAAAAAGAGCCAUAAAAUGUUGUUUCUAAUAAUUUUCCUCCCUAUUUGUGGAGUUUUUUCACUUCUGGGUUUCGUGGGAGUUUUCUUCUUUUUGCGAAAAAGAAAAGAAGAUGCAGAUGCACAACAAGGCAGUCAAGAGGAUGGAGAAUCAUUUUUCAUAUCAAGUUCUGAAGGAGGAAUUAUGCACGAUGAAAUCAUAAAAUCUACAGAUUGUUUUAAUAGUGUAUACUGCAUUGGAAAGGGAGGACAUGGUAGCGUCUACAAAGCAAAUCUGCAAUCAGGGAGCACUGUAGCAGUGAAGAAGAUCCACCAGUUUCAGGACGGCGAGAAGACACGUAGAAAGGAGUUCUUGAAUGAGAUAAGGGCAUUAACUAAGAUACGACAUCGAAACAUAGUAAAGCUUUUUGGUUUUUGUUCGUAUUCUCGAUACUCAUUUCUGGUUUAUGAGUACCUUGAUGGAGGUAACUUGGCCACAAUAUUGGGCAAUGACAAAGAAGCUAAAGCAUUGGACUGGAGCAAGAGGAUAAAUAUCGUUAAGGGUGUUGCCAAUGCUCUGUUUUACAUGCACCACAAUUGCUCACCUCCAAUUGUUCAUCGAGAUAUAACAAGCAAAAACAUUUUGGUUGAUUCUGUAUACGAGGCUCACGUAUUAGAUUUUGGGACUGCCAAGCUUCUAAACGUCGAUUCAUCUCAUUGGACUGCACUGGCAGGCACAUACGGAUAUAUUGCACCAGAGCUUGCUUACACUAUGAAGGUAAGUGAAAAAUGUGAUGUGUAUAGCUUCGGAGUAGUGGCACUAGAAAUGAUCAAUGGGAAACAUCCGGGUGAAAUCGUCUUCUCUGUGGCUUCUCCUUCAGCUCAGAAGCUGGUCCUGGAAGAUUUUCUGGACCAACGCCUUCCAACUCCGUCGGCUCAAGUUCAAGAUGAACUAAGGAAAAUCAUGAAGAUUGCAAUUGCAUGUUUACACAGCAAUCCACAAUCUCGGCCAACUAUGCAUAUGAUCUCUCAAGUUUUAGCAGUUCAAACUCGACCUUUUAGUUCACUAGGUUAAUCAUUCAGCAACUGAAUGCACAUAUCAUAUCAUACCAUUAAUAUAAAUAAAUAGUAUAGUUACACAAUAAAUGAAUAUACACACAUAAACUACAAAUGUGUAUGGUUACAUAUUUAAAUAUUAUUUAAUUUUGUAAGGGUUUAAAAAUUAAAAAAAGAUAAAUAAUAUAAAUAAAUAUUAAAGACAUAGUAUUUAUAUCUUUUUCUAUUAAAAAUUAUUUAUAAAAUUGCUUAAUUUUUUAAGAGAUAUUACUUAAUAUUUAUUAAUAGUGAUAACUGUCGAACUUCUGAUACUUGAGCUGAGAUCGGACCCUAAAGAAAGAAAUAGGUUAAAAACCCCUUAGAACCCUCUAAGCAAGUCAUCUAUUAGCGCAUCAUCCAUUCCUAGACCAAAACAAGUUGAACUGGCCCAUGGCUUGGACCCACCAGAGGAGAGGAGAGCUUAACUCAUGAGAUGUGACGGAAGGCAGGAGAGGAGGCUCAGCUGUACCACGACCCUACUAGCACGUGAGUCGGAGGGAAAUUAAAUAGCCGUCUGAUAAGAAGGGACAAGAAGAUACGUCAGUACUGCGUGAUAGGGACAAGUGGCAUUAUAGUAUCGUAGCUGUUAUGCUUCACUAGAAAAUAAAGAAAAAGAAAAUAAAGGGGAUACGUGAUCCUCCCAUAUUAA